AUGCUCGCCCGUAGCUAUGUUUGGUGGCCUCAGCUAACACAAGACAUUGAUCAUCUUGUCAGAAGCUGCAGUACGUGUCAGUUGACGCAAAAUGCUCCACCCAGUGCACCACUACAGAAGUGGGGUUGGCCGACUCGCAGAUGGCAGCGAAUUCACCUAGAUUUUGCUUUCACGGACAACCAGUGGUUGUUGGUGCUUGUUGACGCCCAUUCGAAGUGGGUAGAGGUGUUUGUGAUGACGACAACAACAGCGGAGAAGACGAUCGAAAAACUGCGGAGCGUCUUCGCAUCGUAUGGGCUUCCGGAAGAAGUGGUUACGGACAACGGGCCCCAAUUUACCGCAAGGACCUUCGCGGACUUUUUGCAGAAGAACGGAGUCCGUCAUACAAGGACUCCACCGUACCAUCCGGCCUUGAACGGGAGCGCCGAGCGCUGUGUGCAGACAGUAAAGCGAGACCUGCUGCGCCAGCUUCUCGACGAGAGAAAAACGGGUAUCAAGAGCCCUUACAGCAUCGGAUCGACCUGUUCCUUUUCAGGUAUCGGAACACGCCUACCGCUACUACGGGGCAGACACCUGCGGAGCUGUUUCUCUCGUGGAAUCCUCGCACACGUCUGA